AUGAUAGAAGCAAUGAAGAGUGGACUAAAAAUGUGUUACAAACUCGGAAAGACUAUCGAAGAUCUAGGCAACAAGCAUGAGAUCCGGAAAGUUCUACACCGUCAUCCUAAUAAAUUUCCAAAGGAUGAGUACCCUCGCUGAAAGGAAUGGACGCUCUUUUCAUCCUGAAUGAAGAAUGAAUCGACGAGGAACUUUAAGCCCUUCACUGAACAACUGACUUCACAUUAUAUCUGACUUGAAGAUCGGUAUGUUACUUUUUUAGACUCAUAAUAAUAAAUCUACCUCUCCAAAAGUUAUUUUGCAUAAUGAAUUUCAAGCAGCGCUGCAGCGUAACUCUGGGUUAAUCAAGCAGCGUAACCCUCUAAUAAGUGAGAGACUCGAUUUUUGAAUUUUUCUUUUACAUAAAGUAGACUCCAGUGAAAAAGCAAAAUUCCUUCAGUUGAGCAUUAUCAGUUACUCGUUAUAGAAAUUUGUCUAACUGCAGUCAAGUAGAAAGGUUCCGAAGAUAGCACUUGUCGCUGUGUUAUCACUUUCACAGCCAAGCUUACCCUCAAACUUACCAGGUUGCCUAAAUGUAUGUGAGGAGGAUGUUUAGCGAAUUUUAACCUCUUGUCUGCGAUAUGAUUGCUCCAAUAUGGGUUUGUCCUCACUCCUCGAAAUUUUGCAAAUUACUUGUCUUUCAUAUCAAAAUUUUAAGCGAGGAAUCUUGAAUCUAAAUCACCGAUGUUACUGUGUGAUGUUAGCCAUAGGAAAAUUAAUUAUUUGCAGAAAUGUUACGAAAGAGCUGUUAUAAAUUUUAAAAGUAAAAUCAUUUUGGUUUUUUUCUACUGAAAAGAAUAACAUAUUCUUUGCUCUGUUGGUGUUAAAUUUGGCUGACCUGCUAAAGAAAUAUUUGAAAUAUAUCUAAUCGUAACAGAAAUAAUUAAACGUGUGAAUGAACAUUAUCAACGAAUAUAUUGUGUUUUUGAUGAGUAAGUAUAGUUCUAGGGGGCAAUAGGAUAUUUGGUGUAAGCUGCUAUCUCAGGAACGAUUAAAAAUAAGGAAAUGAGGAAAAACAGUUUAGCGGAGAUAAUCCUGUAAGACUAAAGCAAACCCAAAAACACCACUCACCCUUCAUGAUACAUGUUUUGUUUUCAUUAUUUAUUAUAGACAAACAAAUGCAAACUUUAUUGUGGGAAAGUUUGAAAGACUAAAAUGAGAACCUUUAUAAUUUAAUUUGUCGUGGCGGACUAUUUUCCGCGAACCUUAGUUAUUUUUAUUUAUUUCACAGAUAACUAUGCAUGAAAUAAUAACAGUACACCCAAUGCUGUGACUUCUUUCGGAAUAUGAUAUCCUGGAUGACCUUGUCUAAUUGUUGGCCAAUGCACAACAUUUCGUGGAAUUUGCUUGGCUUCCAAGAAUCCUUAAGAUCAUUAUCUUCCAGACAACAUGUAUAUCCGCUUCUAAUAUCCAGAGUGAAAUGGUGUCAUGUUCUGGGUUACGUCUAGCAUCUUUUAAGUUCUGUGAAGACGGCUCUUUAAAUGUUUUUCGAAUUCCAUGGACGCGUUUAAACUUCGCUUUGUUGGCCAUUCGUCAAUUAAAUCUCAUAGACGAAAUGCUCUUUACUGGAAGUCAAUUGAAAGAGAGGGAACAAAGCGAGUUGUUUAAAAGUUGCAAUAUCGAAUCGGCCUCGAAUUUUGUUUUUGUUUCAUGAAAGUUUCUUUUGGGAAUUGAGAAUCAGUCACCGUUAGAUUUAAUAGAGAGUUACCAUGGCCUGUUCCAGAGGCAAACGAGAAAAAAAAUGAGAGGAAAACAGAUUUUCUCUCACAUGCUCUUUCGUUCAUCUCUACCGGAAGGCUUGGUACAGGCUACUGGGUUCCAAGCUUGGAAAAAUAAAAGAGCGCAGAAGGAAUUAAAACCGAGAAUUAAAAGGCUUGCAUUAUCAUAAUGUUAGUCACGGGUCAGAAGAUACUCAACUUAUUUGGGUUGCAAAUCAGGAAACGCAAUUGUGUCUGUCGAAAUGAAAGUGUUUAUAAAUAUUGAAAGCAUUAUCAUAAGCAUUAUCAAAACCCAGCCGAGCGUCCCUGAAACUAUACAGUCCAUUGCACAUGACGCAUCUGGUUAAUAUAAGAGAAGAAUAAAUAAAUAUUUCUCUUCUAUCACUCCAUUCACACACCUAUAACAUUAAAAGGCGAAAGGAAAAGAAACGACGGGGCUUGACAGCGAGCAAGAUGAUCCACGGAAAAUAAGUCCAAGUUGAUUGACUAUAGAAGAAAGAGGAAAUGUCAUUAAACACAUUUUCAUUACGCCGGCGUCUUAAACACUUACCGCUUUCAAUAUCUUUUUUGCCGUUUUCCAACGUUGCAUUUCAGAAAAUCGAGAAACUGUAUUCUCCUCUCGCCCCUUCUCCCCUUCCCCCCUCCCAUCUGACACAAGGAAGGGAGUGACUGCGUGAUGUCUGUUUUCCACGAUUGUCAUGUCAACAAUGGGUUUAUAUCAUUUUUUCCACAUACUUGCCUCUCAUUGGUUCUGAAAACAAAGCCAUGCAGGUUUUGAUAUUAUAAUAAAGGAUAAGAUUUCUUGAAUUCCUAGAUGUGUCUGGUCGCUUUCAUAGAAGUUUUCAACAGUUACGCUCGUUACUUGCCUCAACAGUGCUUGUAAAUGGCGUCCAUCUUCGGGCCAUCGGAGGAAAAAACUAACGGUACGAAGUUAGCGCGACUGCUAGUUGAUGGAGGUACACAAGCGCUCAGGAACGUUUUAGAGUCUUUCAUACAUCCGCCUUCAACACUACAAAUUAUGUUAAACAACAACAUGGCGACCCUCACCAACUUAAAGAGCAGACGUAAAUUAUAUGAUAGCCAGUGGGAAAAGCUAUUUCCUCAAUCGGGUGGCCUACCAGACUUAAACACAUUUGAUAUCACUCUUCUACAUUUACUGCUUCGUGAAAUCUGUCCCACUUUGAUUGAACCUGCAACAGGAUGGCACGACAUGCCAGCAGAAACAGAUCACAGUCGUGAAGCCGAGAUCGUCCGGAUUAAAUGCUUGCGAAAUAGCCUGUGUCAUAGUAUUUCCACCGGUGUUCCUAAUGACGAGUUUGAAGACAAAUGGAACACAAUUUCUCAUUCUUUAGUAGCCGUAGGGCUCGAUCAGCUGGAAAUAAACCGCCUAAAAGCAGAGGACAUCGAUCAUGGUACACAGCGACGAGUCGAUGAAGAAGUGAGGAAAUGGAAGCUUGAAUUUGAACCAAGAAUGAAGAACUUAGAGCAAGACCUUAAACAGUUAAAAUUGGAUAUUUCAAGCAAUCAACAACAUAUUUCCGCGCCACGCGUUACUCGAGAGCUUCUCAAUUGUCUUCCAGAUGAGAUUCACCAUGUGUUUGGUCGUUCAGAAGAAAUCAAACGAGCCAUAGAGGCUAUUCAAAGUGGAACAGUUUCUAUUGUGUCUUUAACAGGUGGACCGGGCUUCGGGAAGACCACUGUGGCCAACAAAGUGGCCCAUGAGCUUACCAAGGCAGAAUACAACAGGAAGGUUUUAUACUGCUCACUUCUAUCCCAAGCAUCCCUCAAGGACAUAGCAACCACAAUGUUCCUUAUCUGUAGUAACAGCCACUCUCAGCCGCCUGAAAAUCCUAAACUUUGGCUUCUUAAUUGGAGCAAACAGCAAUAUGAGAAAGUAACAUUGAUUCUAGACAAUGCAGAUCACGUUCUCGAGUCUGGAGAUCGACAAGAGUUUGUUAACAUGUUGCAAGAUUUGAGGACCUACUCAAGGCAAAGUCUAACCUUUAUUAUUACUUCUAGAAAGACAGUUAAUACGUCUAGUUGUGGUUUCAAGAUAGAAAACAUCAGAUUAACCAGUUUGUCUUUAGAUGAGGCAGAAAAGGUCCUUCUUUCUCGGACUGACCAUGUGAAACAAAAGCUUUCCCAAACGACGAAAAUUGUUGAAUUGUGUGGCUGCAUCCCUUUGGCGCUUUGUAUCGUUGGCUCGUUGCUCUCAGAAUUCAAAGAGGUGAGAUUGAUUAAAAGUCUUGAAAAGAAACCUUUAGAUGUUCUUCAAGACGAUGAAAUUUCCGUCGAAAACGCCACCAAGACUUCAUUUGAUCUCCUGACCCCAACGGAACAAAAGGCGCUUGCAGUCAUGUCUGUGUUUCCAGGUUCUUUUGAUUUCGAUGCAGCUGAGGCUGUAAUUACAACAGGAAUGGACACUGAUGCUGAUCCAAUUGUAAUUCUCCGCUCACUAAGAAACCGGUCUCUUUUAGAACAACCAAGUUCAAAUCGAUACCAAAUUCAUCAGCUCAUCCAAGCCUUUGCAAAGAGAGUUGGUCAAGCAAGCUUUUCCGAAACAAUUCUCCAUGUAGAACAACUGGCAUGUACCUACUUUAUCUGUCGUCUCGCUGAAAAUGCAAACUUAUACUGGAGCAAAGACAAAUGCAAAGAAUCUGUUCUAAACUUCAAUGAAGACAGACACAACUUCGAGCAUUUUUUGGAAGUUUACGUUGACAUAAUCGAUAAACUUGAUACAAUUUCAGAUUCCCCUCAAGUACCUUCGGACAAGUUUCUCGAAAAUUUUCCACAAAAGUGUAUGUAUCUAGAAAUGUGUCUUUUACCAAGUUUUUACGUUGCCUUCCUCGAAAAACUUCUGAAGUACUUUGAAACCGAAUUUGUCCCACUACACAUUGUUGAACUUUUAUGUCUACUUGGGCAUGAAAAGAGGAAAAUCGGCAAUCAAGAACAAUAUCAAAAUCUUAUGGAACGAGCUAAGGAAGUUUACAUAAGAACUUGCUCAGCUUUUAAAGAAUGUGGUUUAUCACAAGUCCUUUUCUUUAACAGUUACGCGCGCUUCCUUAGUACAAAGCCUCAACACUUACCUCGUGAAUGGACUUCGCAACCAAUUAGUGAUGUUUACGGAAUAGCCAUGAAUUUGUGCCGGAAAAAGUUAGAUAAACAUCCAGAAACUGCAGCGACCUUGCUAUUCUAUGGUUGGCACCAGAAAAGUAUAGAGCUACUUCAGGAAGCAAUGGAUCUUUUCCAAGAUUGCCUCGGGAAUCAUUUUAUGACUGCUCAAUGUCAUAAAUACAUUGCAGACCUCUAUUUCAGAUGUUAUUUCCCUGACGAAAAUCCCGCUGGAAUAGAAAAAUGUUUUGAACAUUAUGGAGCUGCACUGACUAUGAUGGAGAAUCUUGGUGUGGGUGAUCACAAGGAGAGUAUUUUGACCUUAAGAAAGUUCGCACUUUGUCAUCAAAGGAAAGGAAACUAUGAAGAGGCCAUCAAUAUCCUUACGAAAGCAAAAGGAAUCGCUGAGACCGAACUAGAGGAGGAUCACAAAUGGAAAGUUAUGAUUGAAAGUCAGUUGGCUCUUCUAAAUGAAUGCAUUGGAAACGUGGAAGAAGCGAAAGAAAUUAUGAGGAAAGGACUUGACAUGAACGAACGACUAAACCAGCCAAUAGAUCAGCUAUCGAACAAAAGGGAGAUCAGUGAAUUCCUUGAUCGUCAUCCAGAGCUCAGCCGCGUUCGUAUGAGACCGUCCUCGCGUAAAUGA